GCCCCAAUUGGGAUGCUCUUUUCCUUCCCCAACGCUCUGGCCUGUGCGCUCAACACCGAUGGCUUUUCCGAGGUGGUCCGGGAUCUAAUGCGGGAGUUUGAUGUUGUCAUUGUCGAUGACUUGAAUGACGCCCGCAUUGUGGGAGUGAUCACAGUGACUAUUCUUCUGCUCAUUUCAUUGGCUGAAAUGGAGUGGGAGUCCAAGACCCCGAUUUUGUUCUUUAUUGUUCUCUUGGUCUCCUUUUUCCAACUACUUUGUGGGUACAAUCAUCCCGCCAUCUAAAGAGAAAGAGGCCAAAGGCAUCUUUGGAUACA